AUGACCCUCAAUAACACACCAUCAAGGCUGGAAUUAUGCGUGCAAACACGAGACUUUGAGGCUGCUGCAAAGGAAGUCCUCUCGGAGAAGUCUUGGGUCUAUGCAUCAAGUAGCGCAGCAUCAGGUCUGUCGCUGCAGUCGAAUCUGGACGAUUGGUCUCGAAUCAAUUUCCGGCCGCGGAUCAUGAGGAGCGUGAGCUCGUUGGACACAACUAGGUCUAUCUUGGGCCAGCCGGGGCGACUUCCCUUCUUCAUCUCCGCGAUGGGGACGCUGGGCAGUGCGCAUGAUGGUGCUGAAUCCUUACUGGCUCGGGGAGCGACGCGAGGGGGAUUGCACAUGGUGGUCAGUACCGCAUCAACCAAACCCUUAGAGGAGAUCAUGGAGGCCCAUUUGAAUGAACAGCAAAAAUUGGGUAAACAAAGCCCCUCGAGGCUGGCCUUUCAGUUGUAUGUUCCCGUCGAUCGGGGCCUUGCCAGGACCUUGAUUCAACGAGUCAAGGCAGCUGGGUACCAAAGUCUCUGGAUCACUGUAGAUACUUCGAUUCUGGGGAAGCGAACGGCUGAUCGCUACCUGCAAGCGCAAGAAGGCUUAGACCAAGAUGCCCACGAGCAAGUUCGGCGUGCCGGGUCCGAAAAUCGCUUUGCCCCGGCCUUUGGAGGCCGACCCGUUCCGGGGUUUCUAGACCCGGGUCUCAGCUGGGACGAUUUGGCCUGGAUAUCUGAUGAAUGGAAGGGCUCCAUUGUGUUGAAGGGGGUGCAGACGGUGGAGGAUGUGAAACUAGCGGUGAAGCACGGUGUGCAGGGAGUUCUUCUAAGUAAUCACGGUGGUCGGCAGAUUCACUCGGCCCCCAGUGCCUUGAUGACACUCUUGGAGAUUCGCAGGUAUUUUCCCGAGGCCUUUGACAAACUCGAGAUUUUUGUCGACGGAGGACUGCGGGAUGGAGCAGACGUGCUCAAGGCCCUUUGCUUGGGAGCUACCGCCGUAGGCGUGGGCCGGCCAUAUUUCUACGCAAUGGCAGCCUAUGGGAUUGAAGGCGUGGAGAAGUGCACUGAGAGUGAGUUUCGACUGCUAUCGAUUGAUCAAAAUAAGGAUCUCUGGAUCAUGAUCGCUGACCUGGAAACCACAGUCUUGGCCGAAGAGAUGGAAAUCACUAUGAAGAUGCUCGGCGUCUCCUCGCUAGAUCAGUUGCACCCCGACAUGGUCAACGCUACUCGAUUGCUAAACGAGAUAUGUGCUACGUACGAUAGUUUAUUUAUUAUUGCAUUGGGCGGGGAAGAUAACAGCAGUAUGAAAUAG